AUGUCCAGAACAGCGUCGAAAGGAGAAGGACCCAAGAGUCCUCUAUCAUCAUGUUGGAGCUUUGACGACCUGGAAUUCACUGAUAAGCCCUCUGAGACAGAAAUCUCCUUAAAACUGAGCAUGUCCUCCAGCGGUGAUAAGACCCAUUUUGAUAUACUCUUUGAUCCCUUGAAACCUUCCCUGCAGCUGACAAAGUCUCAAGAGCCCAGCGAGCUCGACCAAUAUUUUAUUGCGAGUGUCGAAGGUAGUUUUUCAAGAACUAUAGAAGCUACUAGACCUGAACUCAUUCGCAGAUAUGUGAAAGCUAUGGAGAAAGACAACAGCAAAUCUUCCGACCCCUCCCUUUCUCAAUGUAUACUACACCUCGAUCCGAAAGCGCCAUCAAAUAGAUUAGUUUUCGAUUCGGAUGAGAAAGAUUUGUGGGAGAGUGCUUUAAAGUAUUUCAGUAAACGUAGCACGAAUGAAUGGAAGAGGAUGUUGAGUGAUACAGUAUCGCUCAAUAUAAAGCGUUGA